AUGCAAUACAAGAAAGACGAUGAGAGAGUAUGGUGGGGAUUCAGCUCCAAUGGAAACGGGACCUUGUUUAGUAUCGAGGUUCUCAGUGGUCGGCUCGUCAGCGAAUUCUCUGAGUUCAGCUCGGAGGAUGAGAUUCUACUUUUACCGGGCACUCGUUUUCGUGUAGUUAGUUCAAUGACGCGAGAUGAUGGCUUGAACAUUAUUCAUAUGAAAGAAAUAGAGUCCUUAGCUUCGGAUCAGUUUGUACCAUCACAACAAACGUAUCAACAAUCGUCUGCAAUACUCAUACCAAAUUAUGCUAACUAUCAAACCAAUCCCGUUCACUCUCCAACACCGCAUAAUCAGAAUGGUAAGUGUUGUUGAAGGGAAGCAAUGGUA